AUGCAUUCUCCUCCUCCAGCUCUCUUCCUCACCCUUCUACACCUUUCGAUUCUUAUCAGGUCGGUAGCUGCGCAACAGUCUACCUACUGGCUCGCCAACAAGCCGAAUGUUGGUAAAGUCGCGUUUCAAGAUCCAACUUAUCCGGUGUUUCGAAAUAUCAAAGACUAUGGCGCCAUUGGAGACGGGCUACAUGACGAUUCUGACGCUAUCAACCGAGCCAUCGCAGCUCCUGGGAAUCGCUGUGGCGGGGGGAAUGCAACAUAUGGAUCGUUUUGCCAGUCCUCAACAGUCACACCGGCCCUCGUCUAUUUCCCGCCAGGAACCUAUAAUGUGUCGAAACCUUUGAUCAUGUACUACUUCACGCAGAUGGUAGGAGAUGCUGUCAACCCGCCCACCAUCCGAGUCAGUUCCAAUUUCACCAAUAUCGUGGGGUUGGCUGUAUUUGAUGCAGAUAUCUACAUCCCGUCCGGCAGCGGUGCCGAGUGGUACGCCAACCAAAACAACUUCUACCGUCAAGUUCGCAACUUUAUCAUCGACAUGACAAGCGCACCCUUGAAGACAGCUGGCAUUCAUUGGCAGGUAGCUCAAGCCACGAGUCUGCAGAACAUUGUCAUCAACAUGGUGCCGAAAGACGUGGUCAACAAUCAACAACAAGGCAUAUAUAUGGAGAAUGGAUCGGGAGGCUUUUUCUCCGACAUGGUCAUCACCGGCGGCUCCAUCGGGGCUUACCUUGGAAAUCAGCAGUUCACGACGCGCAAGAUCCAAUUCGAUGGCUGUUCAACGGCAAUCAAAAUGAACUUCGACUGGGUGUGGUUGUUCAGCCAGAUCACCAUUACGAAUUCCGAUGUCGGGAUUGAUAUGACUAGUGGCGGUUUCUCCAACCUCGCUGUCGGCUCGCUUGUCCUGAUCGACAGCGUGAUAUCUGCGACCCAGGGUAUUCUCACGCCUUAUGCGCCUGGCUUCAGUUCGCCACAAGCGGCGGGAACUUUAGUCAUUGAAAAAGUUGACUUCACGGGCAGCGAGGUCGCCAUUUCGGCCGCAGGUGGGACUCAAGCGAGGACGGUUCUUGCUGGUCAACAGUAUGUCGACCUCUGGGCGCAGGGAAAUGCUUGGACAACGGCGGGCGCAGCUCUGAAUGGCCAAUACUUCAACGGCACGAGUUGCACCUAUCAGAAUGCGAGUCAGACCGCCUACACUGCUCAAGAAACGACGAUACAACGAGCGCUGGCCCCGAUUCCUCGACCCUCGGCGCUGGUCGACAGUAACGGACAAUAUGUGUACCGCGUCAAACCACAAUACGAGACCCUCCAAUGGGCGACAGGAUUUCUCAGUGCUAAAGCCAAUGGGCUUCUGGGUGACGGUUCUACAGAUGAUACGGUUGCGAUGCAGGCACUCUUCAAUCUUGCCCAUACGACAGGGAGAGUCGUCUACUUUGACAGGGGAGCUUACAUAGUUUCAUCCACCAUCAACGUUCCGACGGAUAUCAAAAUCACCGGCGAACUUUACAGCAUCAUCAUGGCUACGGGACCGUUCUUCGGCGACCAAUUGAACCCACAGCCAAUGUGGAAAAUAGGCAAUCCUGGUGAUGUCGGCACGGUCGAAAUCUCAGAUAUCAUCUUCGAAGUCAAAGGACCGUGUCCGGGAGCCAUCAUUGUGGAGUGGAACAUCAAGGCCGCCGGGCCGGCGCUGGCUGGUAUGUGGGAUGCCCACUGGCGUAUCGGCGGGUCAGCAGGGACAAACUUGCAACAGGAUGUCUGUAUAAAGACCCCGGCGACGCCAAUUGCAGGAUCGAACCCUGUCUUGACGAACUGCAUCGGCGCAUAUCUGCUGUUGCAUGUUACAAGCCAGGCUGACGGCUACUUUGAAAACACUUGGGGAUGGGUGGCGGAUCACGAGUUGGACAUGGCCGAUCGGCAGCAAAUUUAUAUCUUCAACAAAGGUGGUUUCCUUUUUGAAUCACAGGGCCCCGUGUGGCUCUACGGCACCGCGGCCGAACACUCGGUCAUGUACGACUACCAAUUCGUCAACGCGAAGGACGUCUUCAUGGGCCACAUCCAACACGAAACGGCGUACUUCCAGGGCAAUCCCAACGCGCUGGCGCCCUUCACGCCACAAGCAUCGUGGCAUGAUCCGGAUUACUCGGAUUGCGUGCAAACCAACUGCGCUCGCACUUGGGGUCUCCGUAUCGUCAACUCCAGCUCGAUCUUCAUGUACGGCGGGGGGCUGUACAACUUCUUCGAGAACUGGAACACGCAGGCAUGUUUGGGCACGGAGAGCUGCCAGGAGAGGAUGGUGGACUUUCGCAAUUCGACGGACGUCUAUCUCUGGGCCCUGAGCACGAAGGGAUCACAGUUCAUGAUUAGUUACGAGGGAACGGACGUGGUGCCGUACAGUGUGAACAAGGCGAAUUUCUGUGAGACGAUUGUGCUCUUUGAGCUGGCGAGCGAACAGUAGUCAAGCAAAGAUUUGGAAGCGGCAUGAUUAAGGGAGGUAGGGGAUAUGACGGGAUGAGAAAUGCGAAGCGGG